UACUGGACUGGGACUGGUAAAGAACAACAAACAUGACACAUCCGCUUCAUAUUUGUCUGUAAUUCUUCAGUUUUCAGAGACUUUGUGACAGCGGAGACACUUCCGGUCUGGUGUUAAUUUACCGGAAACAGGAAACACAGAACGGCGUCAUGGCGGAGGCCGGGGCCCAUCUCACCUCCACCACCAUGGACGAGCUGCCGUCCAUAUUCGAGGUCUUGGCGCAGGAGUCUCUGAUGGAGGCGGUGAAACCAGCACUGAGACACGCUGUGAAGGUUCUGGCUGAGUCCAAUCCGUCCCGUUUCGGUUUCCUGUGGCGGCGCUUCGAUGAGCUCUACCUGCUCCUGGACCUCCUCCUGCAGAACCACUUCCUGUCCCGCUUCAGCGCUUCGUUCUCUGAAAACUUCUACGGCCUCAAAAGAAUUCCAGGAUCGGGACCUGGUCCGGUUCCCCUGGGUCUCCGUGGGACCUCCCACUGGCGCUCUCUUCUUCUUCUGUGCCUGGUUCCGUACCUCCGGGCCAAACUCGAAGCCACGCUGGCCCGGCAGAGGGACGAGGAGGACUUCUCCAUCCGACUGGCUCAGACCGGGACCCAGAGGCUGUACCGGGCCGCCGUGGCCGCGUACCCGUACGUGGGCUCGGCCUGGAGGGUCCUGGUCUUCUGCCAGCAGCUGCUGUUUGUGUUCGGAGCCACCAGGACCCACAGUCCACUUCUGUGGCUGGCCAGGGUCAAACUGGCCCGACUCAACGCUCAGGACAUCAGAGACCUGGAGCUGAGGAGCAGCAGGAGAACGGAGGCACCGGACGGAAGUCUGGUCCAGCGGGCCUGGUACCUGAUGUCACAGGCAGCCAGGGGCGUGGCCGUGUCCCUGUCCGCCUCCCUGUCCCUGGGCGUCUUCUUCCUGCAGUUCCUGGAGUGGUGGUACUCCUCUGACAACCAGAGCACCGUGAAGACCUUGACCUCCUUGCCCAUCCCUCCACCUCCUCUCCACCUGCAGCCAGACCACAUACAACCAAGCUCCGCCUCCACCUCAGCCAAUCAGAACGCAGAAGCUCUGCCGAGCACGGACGGUCCCGCCUCUGAACAUGCAUCGUCGUACGUCAGGACGUGUCCGCUGUGUCGGCGUCCUCGUUCCAACUCCACCGUUCUGUCCACGUCCGGGCUGGUCUUCUGUUACCGCUGCGUUUACCUGUACGUUAAAGCCAAGCGCCGCUGUCCGGUGACGGGCUACCCCACAGAACUGCAACACCUCAUCAAGAUCUACUCCCCCGACAGUUAGACACCCCGCAGGGUUUGGACCAAGCAACAGAAACUGGACCAGGAUCUGAGAAAGGAUGGACAUGAAUGUUUACUAUCACCGAUCAUUUGUAAAGAAUUUGUAAAUACAGAAUAAACUAAUUCCUUCCAUGUUUGAAUAAGUUGAUGGUGUGGGUGUAACCAUAUGAAAAUUUCAUAUUACAGUUAUUGUGUCCAAAAUGAUCAGGGUUAUCAUUAUUAUCGCAGUAUUGUUGAAACUGUGCUCAAAAUGUUCAAAAAGUACUAAUACACACACUGAAAUAAUUGAACCAAGUUGUAUUUAAAAAAAAUAAUAA